GCGGCGAUCGUGAUCGUGCUCGUUCGCCAGCUCCUGAUGCAGCUGCCAGACCCUCGUGGCGCCCCUGGUGGGGCAAAGCACCGCCUGGAGGAAGACGCCACAGGGCCACUAUUCGACAACGGCUUCGAAGCCCCGUCCGACAAGGAACGCCUCGAGGCUCUGGUCAAACUCCUGGGCCAGUCGGGCGACACAGAGGGGGCCGCCAAGUACCAGAAACAGCUCGACGAGUAUCGGCGGUCGCAGCAGGAGGCAUCGAUCGCAGUCGGAGCCGCCACACAACGGGUCAAGCAGUCAGAGGCUGGACUGCGCCGUGCAGUGGAGAGGUUCGAUCGGGCCGAGAAGCAAUACAACGAGGCUCAAUCAGAGGUUGCAGCGGCCUCAGCUGAAGUGGAUCUCGCCCAAAGCAUCUACAUAGCGGCGGUUAAGAGGUUCGUCGCUGCUGCAGACGAACAGGCCGCCAAGCCAGAACACAACGCUGUACCCACCAUCGAUCUGGCAUCGCUAUUGGAAGGCCAAGUGUUUUGUCUGGACGACGGUGGCCUUCUCGGACUCGACGAACUGGGCGGCGUGGCCACAGAUGACGAUGAGAAAGAAGCCCAGCGGCGCAAGGACGAGCCCCAAAAGCAAUUUGCGGAGGCUGCCAAGGCUUGCUUCGGAGACCUCAAGGCGAAAGCGGCGGCCACUAAGGAGGAGCAGGCCAAGCAGAAGGAGCGACUCAACGCCAAGCGACCUCGCCCCAAUGCCGAAGGCGACGCUGACCAGACCAAGCCACAGGGCGACUCAGGGGCCACGCCUGGGCAGGCAAGCGACAGCGGUGGGGGCAAGGCACCGCCGACGUCCAAGGCGCCGCCUGGCAAGGCCGCGCCAGCUGCAGCCCCGCCCGCCACCAGGGCAGGCCCACGCGGUGCUGCGCCCUCUGCAGCAGCGGCGGCGGCAGGCGAGAAGAUUCCAUCGGUCGGCAGAGAUGCCAAGGAGAAGCUGGCCCAAUCUGCAGCUUCCGCAGCGGCCAGCAAG